AUGAAUGAGUUUUGCGCCUUCCAGGAAUCCGUGCCAUUCAAAUAUCACGUUUUUUCUAAUUCAAACUCGAAAUUCAAAAAUACAUUUAAAUUCGAUGGCAACAAUAUUCAAAACAAUCAACAAAUAGCACUACAAUUUUAUGCUAACGGAUAUGACCUCAACGAUGAUGAUCCAUAUUAUAUAGUUUCUGCAAAUGAAAAUUAUGAAUCAACUAAUCCAAAUAUUCAUCGCGAGAACAUCUCUUUUCUUGAUCAAAUGUUUAUAUCAUAUCAUGUAUUUGGCACUUCUUCAUCAGAAACCUUAAGUAAACUUUGUCCAACUUUUUUAGGUUCAUAUCAAAAGUAUAUUCAUAUGGGAAGGAACUUAUUAAUCAUAGGAAUAAUCGUAUGUUCUAUUUAUACAAGCCAAUAUAUGCUAGAAAGAAGGAAAGUUCGUCACAUGUGGGUUUUUACGAAAAAUUACGAGAUUUUAUUUGGAACCCAGCUUAGCAAAUUAGAUACGGAGUCAGCAGAAAUUAUAUCUGACGUUGUUAAGCAAGCAGGAAAAUCCAAAAGCCGUGUAAACUGUAUUAAGAAAAUUAUUCGCUUAGAACAGACAUUUAUCAGCAUAAGAGUUGAAGCAAGAUUACUAAGUAACGGAAACAUACUCGUUUACAUGUGGCACGAGCAAAUUCCUUUAGAUGACGGCGUAAAAUUCUCAUGUGAGCUCAAAUCGGAAUCCCAUUUCUGCAUUGAACCACCACAGAUUAGAUUUUCGUCAUUCCGCGAUUUUAACCCUUACCACAUUAACUUUACGUUGAAUAAUAAUACAAAAUGCCGCAUUGACCUUUCAGCAUCUGCUUUUGCUCCUUUCCAGCCUUACGGUAAAUUGGUGUCCAUGUCCGUCAUUGCUUUUAAUGAUUUACGCCUAAUGAUCAACCAUAAUCCUUUUAAUGGGUCAAACUUCCAAAGAAUCUCCACCAACUGCAGCAGAAUAUUAGGGGCAUACCACACCCUAUUCUACGACGAGAACAACAACAUAAUCUUUCAAUAUACUAUGCCUGGUCAGAGGAAAUUGACGGAAGAAGAGCUUGCCGACAUUCCCAAGCGUGUUCCGAAGGACUUUGCAUCAGCGAUCAUCAAAGAUUUCCUUGGUCCGACCACUCAAUGUUUUAUUUCCAGAAUUUCCAGUCCAACAGUCAAUGUUCUUGCCGUAAUUGACAUUGUAUCUUUUGAGGAUGACGGUAUAUUUGAAAGUUUUGGCUUUUCCUACUUCUGUUUAUGCUGUUUAUUCUCUUAUCAGUUAUCUGUCUCUAAAGAGAUGCAGCAACAGUACGAUCGUGCCAGCGAUUUACUUUCCAUGGCCAAGGAGUACACAGUUAUGGAGUUUAUCGAUGACAAAAUCGAAUAUCUCAAAUCUACCAACAAAAUCAUGAGUGAUUUCAUGUCCAAAUCUCGAUCCAGAGAGUUAAUGGACAAAGAUCUCUCCAAACAGAACCAGUUAGUCGUAGGAGCCAACCUAGAUAUAGCAAAUCUCAAACCAGGAGAAUUUAUUGCCCAAAAAAUCAUGAAAUACGUCGACGGCGGCUACUUCAUGAUUGACGCCGUCCGCUACAUAGAAGACGAGAGCACUGUAACAGUCAUAAGCUCCGAAACAGUGACAGAUAUCAUAAAUCACGAAGGAGUUCUGAUAACAUCAGUUCGAAAUGCGGAAGAAAUGUACGACGAGUUCCAUGUCCACACAUUCCGAAUCGAAAACAACAAGUUUAUUUUGCAAGAUGACUCACUAGAAGAAGAAAUUUCUAAAUACGGUUUGCCAAACGAUUAUGUAAAGUCCACUUCACUUUCUGACUUCGUUAUUCCAUCCGACACCACUGUUUUGACUCAGAUUCUUGAAGGGAAGAGUGGCUUACCUGUUCGCAUCAAGUGUUUGAGUGUUGGCUACAUCUGGUAUUUGAUGUAUUCCAACCAGAAAGAAGGAUUUCUGUUUAACAUAAAUAAAUACAUACAUCCGAAAAACCGUUUGGAAUAUGUCAAAUGUGAAGUGGAACCACCAAUCUAUUUCUGGCGUCUUGACGAGACAAAUGACAGAGUUAUUUCUGUACAUUCGAGACCAACAAUUUGGGAUGCGUUAGGUGUGAAAGAAACAGAUAAAAAGUUCAGUGAUCUGAAGGAGUAUUUGCAUCCAAGUAAUUCCAAUGUUUUGGACAAUUUCUACGAACUCGCGAAGAACAAAUUCGAAGAAGAACUGCUGAUCAGAAAGAGCAACAACGAUUACGAGUGGUAUCAGUUAACAGCGAGUUGCCGUGAUGAUGGAAUCUACUGCACAUUGAGUCCGAUGCAGAGAUUGCGCGAAUUAAACACAGCUUUGAACGAAACACAGAAAUUGCAUGACAUUUUGUUGUUGGGUGGAAAAGUUGUUUUGUGGAGAUUUUCCGAUGACAGAAAUCCACUUCCUCCGAUCAGAUCAAUCACUCCUCGCCACUCAAAGAUACUGAGAAUGAACUGGUCGACAGUUGACGAGCAAGUCCACGAGGAUUACAAGGAACAGUUCGCGAAGAAACUGCGCCAGGCAAUUGACGAAAGCGGCUGGAUUGAAAGCGAUCUCCCAAUAAUAAGCGAUGGAGUGGAAACAUGGGUUUCUGUCCGAGGCCAAGGCGACUGUUUCGCGAGAAGAAUCAUCGGUGUUCUCAUCGACAUCACUGACAACAGAAACGCCUUCAUGGAGCUGGAAGAGAAAGGACAGGCAGCGGAACAAGCAAACCGUGAGAAAACGCAGUUCUUGGCCAAUAUGAGCCAUGAAAUAAGAACUCCUAUGAACGGAAUCUUCGGAAUGUUGGAUGUUUUGGCUUAUCAGGAACUUACACAAGAACAGAGGUUAUUAGUUGAUUCAAUCAGAUCUUCUUCAUUCCAGUUGAUGAGAUUACUCGAUGAUACAUUGAACUUGAGUAAGAUCGAACAAGGAGAGCUUGAAUCAACACCAACAACUGUUAAUCUUCUGAAGAUAAUUGAGCCAACAAUGAUUGCAAAUUCGAGUAGAGCGAGAAUGUCGAAAAUUUCAUUUUCAAUCAUUGUUUCGAAGAACUUUCCAACACUUGUUUACGCAGACUCCCAACUCAUCAUGCAGAUCAUUAACAACCUUCUCUCCAACGCUCUCAAGUUCACGAAGAAAGGAGGUGUAACUCUCAAGAUGAAGUGGGAUUCGACACCGACAUCAGACAACGAAUACUUAGUUGUUUCUGUUUCUGACACAGGAAUUGGCAUCAGCGAAGAACAGAAGAAAGUCAUUUUCGAGAGAUUCAUGCAGGCAGAGACUUCAACAAGUCGAUACUACGGAGGAACAGGAUUAGGAUUGCCAUUAGUCCAAGAGAUUGCAAGAUUCCUUGGAGGAAAUGUCGAUGUGCAAUCAACUCCUGGAGAAGGAUCAACAUUCAUUGUUAGGAUUCCAAUGCAAUCUUUGAUGCUUCCUUACUCUCCUCCUUUCACAGACAACCAGCCUCGCAUUGUCUGGAUGCUGAUAAACAACACACAGUUGCGUGACAGCUUGACAGAAUGGCUUGAAUCGCAUCAUUACAAAGUUGUUUAUCUUAAUUCAUCGCAAGACAUUGCUGAACAGAGUUCUAAGUCACAUCCUUUCCUACUUUUCGUAGAAGGAAAUAACUCUGAAUGGAAUGACAUAAGUAAAGUUGUCAGCAGCCAAAAGAAGCCAUUCCCUGUUUGCUCUUUCUGCGAUCCUGGUGAAUGUUCGCCAUUUAAAUACGCACUUGUUAAACCUGUAAUUCCAACACAUGUCCUUCAUUUGUUGAACUCAUUGAGAUACAACAAACAUGACAUUGUAAAUACAAAUCUGAUUGUUGGAAACAGAGAUGACCAAAGCCGUCGUAUUUUGGUUGUUGAAGAUAACAAACAGAACCAGUUCGUCAUGCAGAAGAUUCUGGAGAAACUAAAUUGCGACUAUGUCAUUGCAAACAAUGGACAGGAAGCAAUUCAGAUUCUAGGACAAGACAAUUUCGAUUUGGUGUUCAUGGACUGCCAGAUGCCUGUUCUUAACGGAAUUGAUGCAACAAAAAUCAUUCGCCGUUCAGGAAAACACUACUCAACUGUUGCUAUUGUUGCUCUUACAGCUAGUGCAGUUGAAGGUGAUGAAUUGACUUGCAGAGAAGCAGGAAUGGAUGGAUAUCUGGCUAAACCAGUUAGAAUGCAACAGAUCAUGGAUAUUUUGAAGAAAUUCCCUCCUCAUUAA